AUGUCUGAAACAACUGAAAUCAAAUCAGACAGUGGUGAAAAAAGAAUCAUAUAUGAAAACAACCAUCCCUAUUACUUAAGCAAUUCAGAUUCACCUGGUAUGACUCUAGUCAACAGUGUUUUUGAUGGAAGAGGAUACCCAGGUUGGAGAAGAUCUAUCCUUCUAUCUCUAUCAGCCAAGAGAAAACUUGGUUUUAUCAAUGGAACUUGCAAGGUUCCAGACCUGAGAUCUGCAGAAUUUGAGCAAUGGAAUUGUGUCAAUGACAUGAUCAUAUGUUGGAUAUCAAAUGCAUUAUCUAAGGAUAUUGCAGAUAGUGUAAUGAGUUUCAAAACUACAAAAGAACUUUGGGACAGCCUGGAGCAGAGAUUUGGGAAAUCAAAUGGUGCCAAACUCUACCAUCUGCAAAAGGAAUUAACAGGAUUAGUACAAGGCAAUAGCGACAUUGCAGGUUACUUCACCAAGGUUAAGAGAUUAUGGGAUGAAUUAGAUGGGAUGAAUGCGAUUGCCUGUUUCUCAUAUGAAUGCACCUGUGAUGGGAAAGCAAAGUUAACAAAAUCACUGGAAGAUCAAAGAUUGAUUCAAUUUCUAAUGGGACUGAAUGAUGUAUAUACUCAGGCAAGGGGAAAUAUACUUAUGAUGAAUCCAUUACCUGGAAUAGAUGUUGCAUAUUCCUUGCUUUUGCAGGAUGAGAACCAAAGGGAAGUAUAUGCAAACACUAAUGUCACUCCUGAUUCUGGAUCAUUUAUGGCAGUAGGCCAAACAAACCAGCCAAACAACAAGUUAAUUGCUGAGUUUGCAGCAUUCAUGGCUAAUAGACAGGGAAGAUAUGCACAGAGGCUCAGAUAUCAACCAAUGAAAGGAACAAACACAUAUCAGAAGUAUGCUAACCCAAACCAGAACCAGAGAUCUGACAAGCCACAAAACAAGUUUAAGGGUAAGAAAAAAUAUGAUCCAAAUCUGUCAUGCACUUAUUGUGGGAAAACAGGACAUGUGCAUGAUGAUUGCUAUAGGCUGCAUGGGUUCCCUGCAGAUUUUGAGUUCACUAACUCCAGGAACUAUCAGCCUCAGAUUAAAGCAAAUGCAAGUUUAACUCAGCAGAAAAAUGAAGACAUUGGGAGGACAGAUUUUGUAGUCAAUGAUGGAGAUUUUGAAGAACAGUAUAGCAAACAACAGAUUGCAGAAAUGAUGGAAAUGUACAAGCAAAGCAAGUUGACAAAAACAGGAAUCAAUGCAAAUGCAGUAGCUGGUACCAUUCUUAAAUACUCAAAUUCUGUAUUCAAUAACCUUAAACAGAAUUCCUGGAUAAUUGAUUCAGGAGCUUUAGAACACAUGUGUUUUGAUCCCAACUCCUUUUUGUUUCUGAAACCUCUCCCUGUGCCUUUGAACAUUAAUUUACCUAAUUCUUUCAAGGACCUUUCAGUGAAGAGUCCUCAAGUUUUUGGUGAAGUUAGAGAGGGUCUCUAUUUGUUGAAUCCUAAUACUGACAGGUGUAGAAAUGUUUUCAAUUCAAAUGAUGUAUCUUCAAUCACAAAAAGAAGAAAUCCCAUCUCAGUUCCAGAUUUUGAUUCAGUUUAUGUUAAUGUUGUACCUAAUGUAAAGCUCUGGCAUGUGAGGUUCUUUCUCACCAUAGUAGAUGAUUUCAGUAGAGGUACAUGGACAUUCUUACUGAGUACUAAGAGUAAUGCUUUUCCUGUACUGAAAAGUUUUCUAUCUAUGGUAGAAAGACAAUUCAAUGUAAAGGUUAAGAUGAUCAGAUCUGAUAAUGCUUUGGAAUUGGGGAAAGGCACACAAGAAUCAGCAUUUCUUGCUUCUCAGGGGAUUUUGCAUCAAUUGUCUUGUGGAAGAAACAAGUUUGAUGAAAAGGCUACUGCUUGUGUUUUACUAGGAUAUCCUUUACAACAGAAAGGAUAUAAAUUAUUGUCUCUUGAUAAAAGGAAAGUGUUUGUAUCUAGGGAUGUGAGAUUCCAUGAAUCACAUUUUCCUUUCAACUCAUCUGAGAACUCACACACACCUAUUUUUUUCAACUCCCCCUCUUCCUCAGAUCAUCAUUCUGAUUUAUCACUCCACAAUCACUCAGCCCCACCUGUAAAUGAUUGUUCCUACCCAGUCACACCCUUAGAAUCUCCACAUAAUGCCUCUGGCUAUAUUCCACAUCCUGAAUCUACACUUCCUAAUCUGUCACUAAGUCCCUCUCAGCAAACCCCUACUGAACAACCUAUAUUACCACAACUUGAACAUGCUUAUCCAAGCUCUACUACAUCAGAUACUUUCCCUCCUGUCCCUAUAACAGCUAUACCAAGAAGGUCUGGUAGAAUAUCUCAUGAGCCUGGAUAUCUAAGAGACUACAUUUGCAAUAGUGUGAUACUCACUGAUCUAUGGAAAACUUUCUUUGAUCACUCUCCUAAGGCUAAGAGAUAUGUUUUCUCCUCCUUAUCUCUCCAUAAUUAG